UACAAUGUAAAUCAGUUACUUUCAUUUAAAGAUUCCGUAAACCAAAAUCACACCAAAUAUUCGGUGCACUUUAUUUGUUAAACUCUAGUAAAUAUACAAAGUUCUUUUCAUUCACUCACCAUGACGCGCGACAGCAUCUCCUGGGUAUGAGGCGUUUGAAGCGAGGAUUUCCCGGGAAUGUUCAUGGAAAUAAAUGAAAGAAAUUAAAAUAUGUUGUUUUUGUUUUGUGAUAUAAUUGUUUUAUUUGUCUGGAUAACCAUUGUAACUCCUACUAAACACAGUGCAACAAUCGCGUAUGUAUGAGAUAAGGUGAAAUUAUAAAUGAAUUGUCGUAUGAUAUGGGUGGAGUAUGAAUUUGUUGCAAUAAUAGGGAAAACAAAUGGCUGACAACAUUCUGCAAGUUGCAAAAGCUCUGUUGGAAGAAUGUACUGUGUUCUGCCCUUGAAACACCUCUUCAAUAUACAAGCAACCAAAGUCUUGCUUAUAUAUUUCAAAAAACAGUCCUUGUUAUCCUAUAUCUCAUCUAAAAUUGAAGGCCUAAGCAUCCAACCCAAUCAACUUUAUUGUAACCUGAAACUGACCAGUGGUGAAAGUGCUCUCUAUCAUUUAACUAAGCUGCAAAGAAAUACAGGAUAUGAGUUUCGUAUAUCUUACCCUGCAGUGACACCCACUGACUUUGUUAUAAAAGACCUUAACAUUACCGCAGCAACUGGAAGAAAAUUAUUAAGCAUAGAAAAGUUUGUCUUCUGGACAGAUAUGCGAGAGGAUAGGCAUGUUGAAGUAACAGCUAUUCAUACUGGCCGUGUUCCCAAUAACUCAGACCUGAAAGACCUCACAGUCACAUAUGAUUUGUAGAACAGUUGUAUGCUGGAGUUCCAAUGAGCGCUUGGAAAUUAGUUUUAUUCAUCUCCGUCACCAUGUUUAUUGUUCUCAAAUUCUGUCGUCAACCAUUUAUCAAUUACAUCAAUAGUGAUGAUGAAAAACUAGAAUAAUCUUAUCUCUGAAUCACUUCAUUUCUGUUACCAACGAUUGAAGAUAAGGGGGUAAUAUACAAAUCUCUGAACGGAGACAAUGAAGACAAUAAUUUAGCACUUUUGG